AUUAUACGCUUGGUCUAAAAACAAUUGUGAGGGUUGCACGCGUGGGGGACCUUUUUCCUUCCUGCUUUCUUAAAGUCUUCCCUGUUCUAUACUCUGUAGAAAUUCGACGCUUGUCCAAGGGAAAAAAUAAAAGGGAAAUACAACUAAAAUUAGCUUUCCUAGCAGACUGAAGGCCAUGGAAAAGCCGGAAUGGGCGCAACGCCAAACCUAUACCCUCAAACAGCUCCACCAGUAUUUUGAUCGCAUCGCUUUGCCACCAACAGUCCGGACAGCCUUACUUUCGGGUAAAAACACAGUAGAUGUUGAUAAACAUGAUGAAAAGACUCGGUUGGAUUUGUUGACUACACUACAACGGUACCACCUAGCAGCUGUUCCAUUCGAGAAUGUCUACCUUCACUACUCAACACACCACACUAUCUCUAUCGAUGAACAGGAGCUAUUUCACAAAAUCGUCGAGCGGGGUAGCGGCUAUGGGGGGUAUUGCUUGGAGAACAAUGGGCUCUUUGGAACUGUCUUGCGCAGCUUGGGCUACAACGCGUAUUCAGCGGGGGCUCGGGUGAACGAGGCGGCGCAGCCGGUGGCAGCCGGGAAGAACUGGAAGGGCCCUAAAUUCGAUGGUUGGAAUCAUAUGGUGAACCUGGUGACGAUUGGUAUAAACCAGUAUCUGGUUGACGUGGGGUUUGGUUCCAACGGACCACACUCACCUAUCCCUCUGGUGGCGGGGAAGACUUUCUUCAAUUAUGGCAAGCAGACCGGUCGUCUACGUCAAGGAACCCUGCUCCAGCACGUCAACAGCAGCCAUCAGCAGGAGCUGUGGCAUUACGAGUUUCAGAAUGGAGAUGAAACUGCGCCGUGGACUCCCGCCUAUGCCUUUACUGAGGUUGAAUUCACGCCGGAUGACUUUGAGAUCAUUAACUUCUUCAUGUCCACUCACAGAUCCAGCUGGUUUACAUUCUAUGUUGUUCUCUCGCGCAUGAUAUUAGAUGAUGCGGGCGAACAGAUUAUCGGUGACCUGACACUGUUCAACGACGAGGUUAGACGUCGCGUUGGUGGCACAGUAGAGCUGUUGCAAAAGCUCGAGUUAGAGGAUGACCGUGUCGCGGCACUCGAUAAAUACUUCCAAAUCCGCCUAUCCAGGAGCGAACGGGCGGGAAUCAAAAGGUCGGUUGCUCAGAUUUUGUGAUCAUUAUUGUGUGAAGUGAAUAGAGACUAUAUGUAUUUCUUGUUUCUAGUAUUUUAAUCAUUACUAGCGUUCUUCGUGUGUAAAUUCUAAUUUCCCGAGUAGCCGAAUGCUUCAGGCUAUUUUGGUCUGGUCCGGCAA